CUUACUACUUGACACAAUCUCACGAGACAUUAUGAGAUUUGGGUGAUUAUUGUUUACAUUUCAAAAAAAAAAAAAAACGCCUGGAGAACCGAACCGAAUCGAUCCGGAUUUAACUGAAACGCCAACUUUUCUAAAGGGCAAUAUUGAAUUCUAUACGAGGAAGGAAGGAAGGAGACGUGCAUCGCCCAACUUUGUUAAGGUCGCCCUGGACCAUAAAAGCAUCCCCACCACAGGGGGAGGAAAAAAGUAGGGGUUAACUGACGGCAGCUUUAAAGACAUCAUUUAUACCUGCUGGAGAGAGGUGGGGGGCAAAUAACUCCAGGGUCGCCAUUGUGUGGACGGGGAGACGCGAUAUCACAACAGUUAUGGUGCUCGGCGAAGGGGACGUGAAGGGGAUCCCCGCCUAAGAAGUGCUAAAAGGCGGGUCCGGGAUACCCUCAGCUGCCGAGGCCUUCCGAGCGGAGGGUGGGGGAAUCCUCCGUCGGAAUCCUCUGUCGGAAUCCGGCCGUCGUCCUUACCCGAGUUUACCGUACGAUCCUCUCACACAAGCGUCACGCGAGGCCCGAGGCUGUGGAUGCGGCCUACAACGGGAGGGACUGACGAGCACCGGGGGGAAACAACGGGGACGCCACCCGGGGAUUAAAACAGACCCCGAAGAGCGAGGAAACGCUCGAGUGCACCAUGAUGGAAGAACUGCACAGCCUGGACCCUCGGCGACAGGAGCUGCUGGAGGCUCGCUUCACUGGGGUUGGCGUGGCUAAGGGCUCGGGUCAGAGUCAGAACGAGUCGUCCAACCAGAGUUUGUGCAGCGUCGGCUCGCUCAGUGACAAAGAGCUUGAGACUCCGGAGAAAAAGGCAAAUGACCAGAGAGUCCGAAAACGGAAAGCGGACCACUUUGAUGGCAGCCAAGGCAAAGCAGGAACAAGGGGGCAUAAAAUUAGCGAUUAUUUUGAGUUUGCGGGAGGCAGCGGUCCCGGUGCCAGCCCCGCCAGGGGGAUCCCACCGGUGAUCCGCUCUUCCCCGCAGCACUCCCUCUCCAACCCGCCCGUCACGGUGCAACAGGGAAGCCCGUCGUCAGUGGGCUCAGCCAACACAGAGCACUCGUCGUGCUCUUUGAAACCAGUCACCCUUUACCUGCUCCACAAAGCCACACAGUCCGACCUUACCAUAGAGAGGCUAAUCGCAAUGGAAAACAACAAGAAUUCCGACCUGGAGAAGAAAGAGGGACGUAUCGACGAUUUGCUGCGGGCUAACUGUGACCUGCGGAGACAAAUCGACGAACAGCAGAGGAUGCUUGAGCGAUAUAAAGAGCGCUUAAAUAAGUGCGUGACCAUGUCCAAGAAGCUCCUGAUUGAAAAAUCCAAGCAGGAGAAGAUGGCGUGCCGAGACAAAAGCAUGCAGGACCGCCUACGGCUGGGCCACUUCACCACAGUCCGACACGGAGCAUCUUUCACCGAGCAGUGGACGGACGGCUACGCCUUCCAGAACCUCAUCAAGCAACAGGAGCGCAUCAACUCGCAGCGAGAAGAUAUCGAGCGGCAACGUAAGCUGCUGGCCAAGCGCAAGCCGCCCUCCAUGGCCCAGACGCCGCCGCCCAACCUGGAACAGAACAAACGCAAGAGCAAAGCCAACGGCACGGAGAGCGAAGCGUUAUCGCAGGCCGAGUACCACGAGCAAGAGGAAAUCUUCAAGUUAAGAUUGGGCCAUCUAAAGAAGGAGGAGGCCGAGAUCCAGGCGGAGCUGGAGAGGUUGGAGCGAGUCCGCAACUUGCACAUUCGCGAGCUCAAAAGAAUCCACAACGAGGAUAACUCCCAAUUCAAAGACCACCCGACGCUAAACGACCGAUACCUGCUUCUUCAUUUACUCGGACGCGGGGGGUUCAGCGAAGUCUACAAAGCCUUUGAUUUAACAGAGCAACGGUACGUGGCGGUCAAAAUCCACCAGCUCAACAAAAACUGGAGGGAUGAGAAAAAGGAAAACUACCACAAACACGCAUGCAGAGAAUACAGAAUCCACAAGGAGCUGGACCACCCGCGAAUAGUGAAACUCUACGACUACUUCUCGCUCGACACAGACUCGUUUUGCACAGUCCUGGAGUACUGUGAGGGCAACGACCUGGACUUCUACUUGAAACAGCACAAGCUGAUGUCCGAGAAGGAAGGCCGCUCCAUCAUCAUGCAGAUUGUCAACGCCCUCAAGUACCUCAACGAGAUCCGGCCGCCCAUCAUCCACUACGACCUUAAACCAGGUAACAUCCUGCUUGUGAACGGCACGGCGUGUGGCGAGAUCAAGAUCACAGACUUUGGCCUAUCCAAGAUCAUGGAUGACGACAGUUACAACUCUGUAGACGGCAUGGAGCUCACGUCGCAGGGGGCCGGCACGUACUGGUACCUGCCCCCUGAGUGUUUCGUAGUCGGAAAAGAGCCCCCCAAAAUCUCCAACAAGGUGGAUGUGUGGUCUGUAGGGGUCAUUUUCUACCAGUGCUUGUAUGGCCGUAAGCCUUUUGGCCACAACCAGUCUCAGCAGGACAUCCUGCAGGAGAACACCAUUCUGAAGGCCACAGACGUGCAGUUCCCGCCCAAACCAGUCGUCACACCAGAAGCCAAGGCGUUCAUCCGACGCUGUUUAGUGUACCGGAAGGAGGACCGCAUUGACGUGCACCAGCUGUCCAACGACCCCUUCCUCAUGCCUCACAUCCGCAAGUCAGUGGCCUCUUCGGGCAACUCGGCCAUGGCGGUGGCCUCCACGUCCAGCUCCUCAAACAGCAGCGCCUCCAACUGAGACCCCGUCCGCGCAUCCUACACCCUCCUACUCAUAGCAUCCAUCUUGAGGAGAAGAGGUAUCCUCUCCUUUCCACUGCUGGUGGUUGGUGUCAAAGCCCAGGAGUGAAGGUGGCCUGCGGCAUUUGGGGUUUUCUGCUUUAAGAAAAGAAAAACAAAAUAAAAAAAGUCCAGAAAUGCUUCAGCUUGGCCAUAAGGACGAGACUGUAUUGUCCCCCUCCCUUGCUCGCAAAUCCAUGCUUGAAGCCCCUCUGGUGGACAUAUUUUGCGUUACAAGUACCCCCCCCCCCCCCCCCCCCGCCCCGCGCGCCCCCACCCUAACCCAAACAGCAUAGAAUUCCCAGAGUUUGUGUGGACAUGCACGGGCUCUGAUAGGAGGCCAUCACACAAGAGGCCCUUCACCGCCAUCACCCCGUCAGCCCUGUGACCAAAGCUUUUAACCAGAUGGUGGCGCCGUUCGCCUCCUCAGUUCUCAAAUGCUUGACAUGGAGUGAAAGUACUGAGGAACGUCCCCUCCCCCGCACCUCCCCCAAAAGAAAGCUACCCCCACCACCUUGUUGCCACCCCCAUAUUCUUCUCUUUACAUUUUUUUCGGGAAGAGCAAAACCAUUUUUAUGGAGAAGACCUUUUUUUUUUUUUUUUUACCCCCCACCCUCCUUUUUUCUCUCUCUCUCAAGUUGCCUUUAAUUAGAACUCUUGUUUUUGUUGACCCCCGCAAGCCUUCUACCCCUUCUCUCCUCCCCUGACUUCCUACAACAAACACACAUAUUUAUUUAGGUAUGUUUGAAUUCAAUUUUCAGCCAUUUAAAAAUGCAAAGGACUGAUUGACCUUCUAGUACUUUUUCGGGGGGGAAGAGUUUGGGCCUUAGCAGGACGUUGCAUCAACCAUUAAAAAAAAAACAACAACAACUAUUGUUUCAAA